CAGUUUAGUAUUUGGAAUUCUCCGCAAUGAGUUGGAAGUGUAAGAGACAAACCAUAUACAUUAUAGCUGCUGCAUUGGGCGACAUACUGCUAAUAGCAUUCCUCCGAUACGUUUGGCAUCUCACUCUAUUCGAUGUUUUCCUGUUCAUUGCGCUUAUACUGCUGAGCGGAGCUGCCGUCUACGUGGACUGUUGGAUAAGCCUGGAACAUCCAACACUCAUUCUGGCUGGCAUCCUGGCUGUACCACUCGGCUGCAUCCAUCUACUGCUCUGGCGAAUCGACAUUUCAACUGAACUUUGGGCUGGAUUUAAAAUAUUACCGAAAAUCGGCCACGUUUUAGUUUUAACUUUUCUUUUAGUCUUUCCUGCGUUUUGGCUAUUUCUUGCAUUUUUCUACUUUCACAAUCUGAACAACAACACCUCAGCGGGUAUACAUUGGAGAGACUCAUAG